AUGGAAACCAACAUCCUCACACUGGAAAUGGGUUUCCAGCAUAUUGCCGGAUGUUGCAAGACUGUUCACUACGACCUGGUCUUCCUCUUGGACACCUCCUCCAGCGUGGGCAAGGAGGACUUUGAGAAGGUCCGGCAGUGGGUGGCCAACCUGGUAGACACCUUCGAGGUGGGCCCCGAGCGCACCCGCGUGGGGGUCGUGCGCUACAGCGACCAGCCGACCACGGCCUUCGAGCUGGGGCUGUUCGGCUCACGGGAGGCAGUCAAGGCUGCGGCCCGGCACCUGGCCUACCACGGCGGGAACACCAACACGGGCGACGCGCUGCGCUUCAUCACGCGCCAUAGCUUCUCCCCGCAGGCCGGCGGCCGCCCCGGGGACCGCGCCUUCAAGCAGGUGGCCAUCCUCCUGACCGACGGCCGCAGCCAGGACCUGGUGCUGGACGCCGCGGCCGCCGCCCACCGCGCGGGCAUCCGCAUCUUCGCCGUGGGCGUCGGGGCCGCGCUCAAGGAGGAGCUGGAGGAGAUCGCCUCGGAGCCCAAGUCCGCCCACGUCUUCCACGUGUCCGACUUCAACGCCAUCGACAAGAUCCGUGGCAAGCUGAGGCGCCGCCUGUGUGAAAACGUGCUGUGCCCCAGUGUCCGUGUGGAAGGAGACCGCUUUAAGCACACCAACGGUGAAACCAAGGAAAUCACAGGUUUCGACCUGAUGGAUUUGUUCAGUGUGAAGGAGAUCCUGGGGAGGAGAGAGAACGGGAUGCAGAGCUCCUAUGUCCGGAUGGGAUCCUUCCCUGUGGUGCAGAGGACAGAGGAUGUGUUCCCGCAAGGUUUGCCUGAUGAGUAUGCCUUCGUCACCACCUUCCGGUUCCGGAAAACGUCUCGGAAAGAAGACUGGUAUAUUUGGCAGGUCAUCGACCAGUACGGGAUCCCGCAGGUCUCCAUCCGGCUGGACGGCGAGAACAAGGCAGUCGAGUAUGACGCCGUGGGUGCCGUGAAGGAUGCCGUCAGGGUGGUCUUCCGAGGCCCCCGGGUCAGUGACCUCUUUGACCGGGACUGGCACAAGAUUGCCCUGAGCAUCCAGGCCCAGAACGUCUCCCUGUACAUUGACUGCGCGCUGGUGCAGACGCUGCCCAUCGAGGAGAGGGAGAACAUUGACAUCCAGGGGAAGUCGGUGAUCGGCAAGCGCCUGUACGACAGUGUGCCCAUCGACUUUGACCUGCAGCGGAUUGUGAUUUACUGUGACUCCCGACACGCAGAGUUGGAGACUUGCUGUGAUAUCCCUUUGGGCCCGUGCCAGGUGACCGUGCUGACGGAGCCUUCACCCCUGCCCCAGCAGCCUCCCACCUCCGGCAGUGAACAAAUUGGGUUUUUGAAGACCAUCAACUGCUCCUGCCCAGCUGGAGAAAAGGGUGAAAAGGGCUCUGAUGGCCCCGUGGGACUCCCUGGCCCAAAGGGAGACAUGGGAGCCACUGGGCUGGUUGGAGCUCCUGGACCCAAGGGAGAAAAAGGUGACAUGGGCAGAGGGCCUUUUGUCCAAGGAGAGAAGGGUGAAAAGGGUUCCCUGGGCCUGCCCGGUCCCCCUGGAAGAGACGGCAGCAAAGGCAUGCGGGGGGAGCCAGGAGAGCCGGGAGAGCCGGGGCUGCCGGGCGAGGUGGGCAUGCGGGGAUUCCAAGGACCACCUGGCCUCUCCGGGCCUCCUGGACACAUUGGAGCUCCUGGUCUCCAAGGAGAACGGGGUGAAAAGGGAAACCGAGGAGAAAAGGGGGAGAGAGGCCUGGAUGGAUUCCCCGGGAAGCACGGGGAGACGGGAGAGCAGGGGAGACCUGGCCCUCCUGGCGUGGCAGGACCCCAGGGAGAGAAGGGUGACGUGGGGCCUGCAGGACCUCCUGGUGUACCGGGCUCCGUGGUGCAGAGAGAGGGCCUGAAGGGUGAGCAGGGAGCUCCAGGACCACGGGGUCACCAGGGCCCACCUGGGCCACCAGGAGCUCCGGGUCUGAUGGGUCCCGGAGGCAAGGACGGACCUCCUGGUUUACAAGGUCUCCGGGGGAAGAAAGGUGAAGUGGGCCCACCAGGAACCCCUGGAUUGCUGGGGCCACAGGGCCCUUCAGGACCGCCUGGCGUCCCAGGCCCCCCUGGACCCGGAGGCCCCCCGGGUUUACCUGGAGAGAUCGGCUUCCCAGGAAAACUGGGGCACCCCGGGCCGACGGGCCCACCCGGAAAGGACGGGCAGAGUGGAACACCAGGCCUGCCAGGCCCCAAGGGCCAGCCAGGAGAGAGAGGAGAAGACGGUCUGCCUGGAAAGCCCGGCGCUAGGGGCGAAGUUGGGGAGCAGGGCCUGGCGGGCCGACCUGGAGAGAAGGGAGAGGCCGGUCUCCCGGGCGCGCCAGGAUUCCCGGGCCUGAGGGGAGAGAAAGGAGAGCAGGGAGAGAAAGGUGGGCUGGGCCUCCCAGGACUGAAAGGUGACCCAGGUGAAAAGGUAGGAGUUGCUGUUGGCCCCCUGGUCAUCAGCGCCUGGACUGGCCAAGCCUCCCUCCUGUGCUCUCUCUGUGUGUGUGUGUGUGUGUGUGUGUGUGUGGUGCCUGCAGGGCCGUGGAGAGGGUCUGGGUCUCUGAGUCAAAGCCGCGGCCUGGGUUACAAUUGGCUUCUACCCUUGGUGAUGGUGCCUGUCCACGCUAAAAGUCACUCCAGGGAGCCUGGGGCCCCCUUCUCCCACUCGAUCCNGCCUGGGGCCCCCUUCUCCCACUCAAUCUGUCUGUUAGAGGCAGGUUGUGACGGUCAAAUCAUGUUUUGCUCAUUUCUGUGGUUUCCUUUUCAGACAUCCCUGUUCACACCGCACCCGAGGAUACCAGGAGAACAAGGGCCAAAAGGAGAGAAGGGUGAUCCCGGAGUGCCUGGGGAACCGGGAUCCCAGGGCCAUCCUGGAGAACUGGGGCCUCGGGGACCCACUGGAGCGCCGGGUGCCAAGGGACAAGAAGGCCCACGUGGGGUACCUGGAACAACCGGAAACCCUGGCAGUCCUGGAACUGUGGGCCCACCUGGUGCCAGCGGCCCCCCAGGAAGUGCGGGCCUCCCUGGCAUCAGAGGGCCUCCUGGGAAAGACGGGGAACGUGGAGAGAAGGGAACGGCAGGUGAAGAAGGGAGUCCAGGACCAGCUGGUCCCAGGGGUGAUCCCGGGACUCCCGGGCUCCCUGGAACACCUGGACAGGGAAAGGAUGGAGAGCCAGGGCUUCGUGGGCCACCUGGAUUACCUGGACCUCUAGGAAUCAAGGGGGACCGAGGUUCACCUGGGAUCCGUGGCUCUCCUGGCAACCGUGGUGACCCAGGCAUUGGAGUGGCUGGCCCUCCCGGCCCUUCUGGACCACCAGGAGACAAAGGGCCCCCGGGAUCCCGAGGCUUACCUGGAUUCCCCGGCCCCCAAGGACCCGCUGGCCAGGAUGGUGUACCAGGGAAUCCAGGAGAAAGAGGGCCUCCUGGCAAGCCAGGCCCCUCUUCACUACUGUCUCCAGGGGACAUAAAUCUCUUGGUUAAGGACGUGUGCAAUGACUGCCCUCCUGGGCCCCCGGGCCUCCCUGGUCUGCCAGGUUUUAAAGGGGACAAAGGUCUCCCAGGAAAGCCAGGGAGAGAAGGCACAGAAGGGAAGAAGGGAGAUGCUGGGCCCAGGGGCCUCCCAGGGCCUCCAGGAAUAGCCGGACCACAGGGAAGUAAAGGGGAGCGAGGUGCAGAUGGUGAAAUUGGACAGAAAGGUGACCAGGGUCAUCCUGGAGUUCCCGGUUUCAUGGGGCCCCCGGGGAACCCUGGGCCACAGGGAGCCGACGGAAUUGCUGGAGCUGCCGGCCCUCCAGGAAUCCAAGGGCCGCAGGGGAAAGAAGGUCCUCCUGGCCCCCAAGGUCCAUCUGGAUUACCCGGAAUCCCAGGAGAAGAAGGCAAAGAGGGCAGAGAUGGAAAACCAGGUCCCCCCGGAGAACCGGGCAAAAUGGGAGAGCCAGGUCUGCCAGGACUGGAGGGAGCCCGAGGCCCACCUGGCUUCAAAGGACACACCGGCGACUCUGGCGCACCUGGUCCCCGGGGAGAGCCUGGUGCCAUGGGGCCCCCUGGCCGGGAAGGGUCACCAGGAAAAGACGGUGACGCUGGACCCACAGGGCCACAGGGUCCCCAAGGACUGAGGGGCCCACCGGGUAAGAAUGGAUCACCGGGAUCUCCAGGAGACCCUGGCCCCGCAGGAAGUCCUGGCCAGAAGGGGAACAAAGGAGACCAUGGCAGCCCGGGACUCCCUGGCUUUCUGGGUCCCCGGGGGCCUCAGGGAGAGCCGGGAGAGAAGGGGGUCCCAGGCAAGGAGGGUGCCCCUGGGAAGCCUGGAGAGCCAGGACACAAAGGAGACAGGGGAGAUCCCGGGAACAAAGGUGACAAAGGACCUCCUGGUGGGAAGGGACAGCCUGGGGACCCUGGAAUCCCUGGUCACAAAGGCCACACCGGCCUGAUGGGCCCCCAAGGACCACCUGGAGAGAAUGGACUGGCUGGCCCCCCCGGGCCUCCGGGCCAGCCAGGAUUUCCAGGACUGAGGGGGGAGUCUCCCUCCAUGGACACCCUGCGACGGCUCAUCCAAGAAGAGCUCGAGAAACAGCUGGAAACCAGACUCGCCUACCUCCUGGCCCAGAGGCCGCCAGCGCACAUUAAGUCAUCUCAAGGCAGACCCGGGCCCCCCGGGCCCCCCGGAAAGGAUGGGCUUCCAGGCCGGGCGGGCCCCAUCGGGGAGCCAGGACAGCCCGGGCAGGGGGGUCUGGAAGGACCCUCUGGACCAAUGGGUCCCAAAGGUGAGCGAGGAGCCAAAGGAGACCCAGGUGCCCCUGGAGUUGGCCUCCGAGGCGAGAUGGGCCCGCCCGGCAUCCCAGGUCAACCCGGGGAACCUGGCUAUGCAAAAGACGGGCUCCCCGGGGCUCCCGGCCCUCAAGGGGAGACAGGACCAGCAGGACACCCCGGCCCCCCAGGCCCACCCGGGCCCCCUGGCCAGUGUGACCCCUCCCAGUGUGCCUACUUCGCCAGCCUCGCUGCCCGGCCCGCUAACGUGAAGGGCCCCUAGAAGAUUCCAGAAUGCCAGGAGGCGGCGGUGGAUUUCUGAAACUUGAACUCAGAGCCUGAUAAGAAGCCAGAGGUCUUGAAACAUUACAGCCACGUGUUUUUUUUCUUGCUUUUAUCAUUUUUUGUCUUAUUUUCUUGAGAGACCUCAACAUUAUUAAAACCAACAGAUGCUGCCAGUCGGUCAGAUUAUUAUUAAUAUUAUUAUUAUUGUUUUAUUAUUAUUAUUAUUAUUAUUAUUUCAUAUAAGAAUGCUCCACGGGUUUUCUGCGCUCCUCCGAAGCAGUAGAACUUGAUCGUGGGGCAGCGGGUAUUUUCUCGGUUCUUCUGACAGCCCACAUGGGACACGGAGCUGCCCAUUUUAAGGAAACUCUUGGUGCUAUGAAACCCUGACCAGACACUUGCCAGAUUUACCUCUUUCCUCAGAAGGAAACUAAGAAAGUGAGAUAAUGGGUUUCUAUUCUCGGUCAUGCCCAGAGGUUGCCACUUCCCAGGAGAGACACGUGAAUCAGGAAGAGAAGGGAUGUGCAGACGUGAAGAAUGUCCUCACUGUCUGACGGCAAGUGCGCACAGGGUGCCCGGAAUCGGUUCCCGGGGAGCAGACUCAGUCUCCUCACUGCUUCAGGCCCUCGGAUGCACAAUCACGGUGCUCAAGUUGGCAAGGCUUCGUGGCAUCCUGGGUCUGGCCAAAGACAGAGAAGCUGGCGUGGAGGAAGCACACUAAUCCGGCUUCUGAGCUGUGGAUGGGACUCCUGCAAGCUCUUCACUGUUGGUCUCCCCUUCAGUGUGAAACAGGUCCAGUGACCACUGCCGUGUGUUCCUGAUGCUGGGCAGUUGGCCGGGGUGCUGGCCGGAGCUUGAGAUCUGUGCCUGCAGGGCUCUGCCUUGGAAAUAACAUGCGUGGAGUGUAUGUGCGCACCUGACACGCCCGCACAAACAGGUGCUCAAUAAAUCCAAGUU